AUGUCAAACAUAUCAUUCGGGAGCGGGAAUGCGAGCCUUCAGCUAGGGAUCAAUAGUGGCUCAGUCCACUACCAUGCCGCUGAACAGCCAGAACCAAGUCCAAACCCACUAUCUACGGUUCCAUUCCCUCGAGAUCCAGACUUCGUUGAGCGUGGAACCUUGCUUGUUGAUAUUCAAGAGAAGCUCUCUCCACCGGGUGCGAGAGUGGCUCUUGUCGGUUUGGGGGGUAUUGGAAAAUCACAGUUAGCGAUUGAAUGUUCAUACCGAUUACGCGACUCCUCUCCUCAGACAUGGGUAUUUUGGAUCCAUGCUAGUAAUGCAGCACGGGUUGAACAAGGAUUUCAGAGGCUCGCCGACAGGGUCAAGAUACCAGGGUGCCAGAGCCCCGGUGUUAACAUAUUUCGACUUGUGUUUAACUGGCUCUGCGAUGAAAAGCACGGACCCUGGGUUCUUAUUCUGGAUAAUGUCGACGAUGAUAGUCAUCUUCGCGAGCCUCUGGUUUUCAGCUCUCAAAACCCGCUGUCCCCUGAGGCAAAUUUGGGUUCUCAGUUUGAUGGCUUCAACCGUGCGGGAGUCUCAGGCGAAACUCUUUUACAAUUUAUACCUCGCGUCCCACACGGUAGUAUUUUGAUCACUACUCGGAGUGCGAGUGUGGCUUCGAGAUUGGUCAGGGAUGAUAGCAUCGUUACCGUUGAUUUGAUGAACAGCUCACAGGCAUCAUCUCUCAUGCGGGCCAGUCUAGGAAAUCAAUUCAGCCAGGAAGGUAUCGAAGAGCUAUGCAAGGCACUUGAGUUUAUGCCUUUGGCAAUUACUCAAGCCGGGGCAUAUAUUAAGAGACGAGCACCCCGUUGUUCAGUCCUACAGUACCUGUAUGAAUUCCGGAAAAAUGAUUGCAAGAAAACAAGGCUUCUCAAGCAUGAAGGGAAAGGUCUUCAACGCGACGAACAGGCCUCGAAUUCAAUACUAAUUACCUGGCAAAUAUCUUUCCAACACGUUCGGCGAACCAGAGCCUCUGCCGCAGAUCUUCUCUCUCUCAUGAGUUUUUUCGAUCGUCAGGGCAUUGUGGAGAGUGCUCUUCGCAUUUCUUCUCACGCAGAAAGGGUUAAAAAGACGAGUUGCAGAAAGAGGCGACGAGAUUCGACGGAUAGCGAUGUAAAAUCCGACGCAGAUUAUGAGCUUGGAGAGGAUAUCGUCAUAUUGAAGGAUUUCUCCUUCAUAUCCUCAACUGAAGAUGCACAUACCUUUCAAAUGCAUUCGCUAGUGCAACUUGCGACACGGUUAUGGCUUGAGGACCAUAGCCAAAUUUCCCGAUGGCGAAAUCAGUUUAUUGAAAAUAUCAGCUAUGAGUUUGGUUCCCCGGGAAUUGCCUAUGCUGAAUGGAAAAAGCACCAGGAGCUUUUCCCUCAUGUCAAGUCCGCACUCGAUCACCGCCCAGACUCGCUGGAAUAUUUGGAAUUGUGGGCUUGCUUGAUGAAUCGAGGAGCAGCUUAUGCCAUAGAAAAUUCGAACCAUCAAGAUGGUAUUAGAAUGGCCUCUAAAGCAUUAGAGGCAAGGAAGAGCAUUUUUGGCUUCCAACAUGACACUACCCUUCGGAGCUCAGCUACGAUGGGAAAUGCACUGAUCACAGGGGCUCAAUAUAAAGAUGCCCAGAGUAUUCUAGAGACUGCGCUAGCAGAUAGCGAAAUUUCGUGCAAGGAAGAUACCAAGGUCAAUAUCAUGUACUCACUUGGGACUCUUUAUCAUUUUACAGGCCGACUGUUGAAAGCUGAGGCACUACUGAAGGAAGCGGUAGAGAGAACAUCAAGCAAAGCGUGGGCAAGCGGACAUGACAGCUUUAUCUGCAUGCAUGGUCUCGCAAAGAUUUACUUCCGACAAGGUCGUUACCGCGAAAGCGAGGAGUUAGCAUUACGAGCGAUGAAGGAAUCGGUGAAAGAAUUUGGAGAACAGGACCCUGCCACCUUGGGCCUAAUGGCUGUACUGGCGCAUUUGUAUUUUGUUCAAGGGCAAUAUAAAGAGGCUGCGGCGCUGCAAGAACAGGCGCUGAAUUCUUGCGAGGCACUUUUUGGGAAAGAAAAUAUCCGCACGCAUGAGGUGCGCCAAGCUCUGGCGAGGACAUACAACAAACAAGGACAUAUUGCGGAGGCCGUGAAGCUUUACCUCCAAGCCAAUACCGGUUACCUUGACAUUUUAGGGGUCGGACACGAAGAUGCGCUAGAGUCUUCAGCCGAGUUGGCUGAGUUCUUCCACUCACAAGGUCGAUUACAAGAUGCUGUACCGAUACUGGAGAAAACCAUCGAGAUAUGCGAAAGACUGAUUGGAGGACAGCACUCAGCGACCAUUAAAUUAUCAUCACGACUAGGGCACGCCUAUUGCUUGCUUUCUCGAUUCGAUGAGGCUGAGUCGGUAUUGAGAAACGCACAACUGGCACUGGAAAAGAACGUUCGAGGUGACAGCCAUCAAAUUGAAGAGCCUGAAGAAGACAGAUUCUCGCAAAUGCUUACAUUCAGCACCCUGGUGACUAUCUACCAAAUCCAAAGGAGGUUCAAAGAAGCAGAGCCGCUUCUAGCCAGGCUCGUAGAAGUAGCAACGGAACAAUAUGGCGAGAACGAUUCCAUUACAAUGCAUCAUGUUGAAAGGUUGGUAACAAAUUACAAGGAACAAGAGAGGUGGCGUGAGGUCUUGCCGCUACAGAUGAGGGUCUUUGACCUACGAAAAGAAACCCUUGGAGAGCAUCAUCAAGACACAUUAGCUGCUAUGGAAGAUCUGGCAGAAACAUGGAAAUCAAUAGGUCGAACUGAUGAUGCGAUGAAAAUGGUGAAUACAAUCACCACACUACGAUCUGAAGCUGCGAAUAAAACAGUUUCUAGCAUGUUUAGUGAGCCCUGA